CUUUUUUUUCGCUUUUAGGAAAGAAGGGUUCCAAUGCGUGAAACGGAGAGAUCUCAUUGAAGCUCUAGCUGAUAAUCUGCCCUCAAAGUCCAUUCGCUUUGGGGUCCAAAUUGUAGCAGUUGAAAUUGAUCCUAUUACUUCGUUUCCCAUUAUCCACAUCGAAGAUGGGAGCAUCAUUAGAACCAAGGUUGUGAUCGGAUGUGAUGGCUCAAAUUCAGUAGUGGCGAAAACACUGGGGCUUAAGCCAACAAAAUUAUCAGGACUUAGAGUAGCACAAGGUUUUACAAAUUAUCCAGAUGGACACAAAUUAAGUCCCCAUUUUCUUCUUAUGCGCGCUGACAAAAUAUUGCUCGGAAGAGUUCCGGUCAACGAGAAGUUGGUCUUCUGGUUUACUAACCAGGAGUUUCAUCCUGCAGAUUUGGAAACUCGCAAAGAUCCAGCUCUCAUCAGAGACCAGACGGUGAAAUCCCUCAAGAACUCUCCACAAGAUGUGAUUGAAAUGGUGCAACGCGCUGAUCUCAGCUCAGUUUCCCUGGUUCGUGUCAGAUACCGUGCACCCUGGCACUUGCUACUCAGCAACCUCUUCAAAGAAACAGUGACAGUCGCGGGCGACGCAAUGCAUCCUAUGGAUCCAGCGAUCGGUCAAGGAGGCUGUGUCGCUCUCGAAGACGCAGUGGUUCUUGCAAGAUGCUUGGCGCGUGAAAUGCGCGCGGGUUCAUGCACACUGGCUCUGAAGAGAUAUGAAACAGAAAGAAGGACGAGGGUGUCAGUUUUGUCGAUGAAAUCUUAUCUUAUUGGAUCUUUGUUCACGGCUUCAUGGAUAAAGAGGGUAAUCUAUCUUGUUAUCUUUGAUAAAUUUCUUGGUGGAAGGUUUAGCCAUACUCAAUUUGAUUGUGGCAGUCUUUAGAAUCAUUUUCAGUCAUGUAUAUUAUUUGUUGCAUUUUAUCUCUUAAGUACUUUUUUUUCCCUUAAGGCUCUCAUGGAGAUUAUAACCUUGUAAGAUGAAUGCAACUAUGUAACUUACAAGGAUCCUUCUUGUGA